AUGACCCCGGCGACAGUGUGCGGCAGGAUAGCUGAGGAUAGGGUCGACACCUUCAACAUGACACAACGAGUGUACGGCAGGAUAGCUGAGGAUAGGGUCGACACCUUCAACAUGACACAACGAGUGUACAGCAGGAUAGCUGAGGAUAGGGUCGACACCUUCAACAUGACACAACGAGUGUACGGCAGGAUAGCUGAGGAUAGAGUCGACACCUUCAACAUGACACAACGAGUGUACUGCAGGAUAGCUGAGGAUAGGGUCGACACCUUCAACAUGACACAACGAGUGUACUGCAGGAUAGCUGAGGAUAGGGUCGACACCUUCAACAUGACACAACGAGUGUACUGCAGGAUAGCUGAGGAUAGGGUCGACACCUUUACCAUGAUAGAGAGGCUGUCCACCACUGAGGUCACAUAA